AUGGUCUCAAAGUCCGAGUCCUCCCUGCAGUCGACCGCAAUGAUCAGCUACGCAAAGGGCAUGGAGGGUGCUUUCUUAGUGUACUCCAAGAGCCCGGUUUCCAUCCUGAUGGCUGACUGCAUUCGCGUGCAGAUCAGUCUAGUGCUCUUAGGUCGAUCCGACCGUGCAUAUGAGGCUAUCUGGGAACGAGAGUGUGCCAUGAAACUCGUCGCAGAUCUCGAACUGAAUAAACGACCAGGUCCAUUUUACCGCAUAUUGCUUUUGAUGCAUGUUCCACGGACUGAAGGAGGUGGGAUUGGUCAUUCGGGCCCUGCAGACUGUGGGCUGCCGCAGAGUCGACGACUGCCGUCACGCAAACGCUCCAGACUUUCGGUGGAAAUCUCGGGGGCCACAUCUCGUCUUACAGGAUCACUGAUUCUAGAGGUCCUCAAUUGUCUGAACUUGCCUCGUUCAAAAAUACUUGCAACCACUCGCAACGCUUCGCAGGCUAAGGUUCCUCCAAGUUUGAACCAGGUGGUGGAGCAAAGCGACACGAGUGGGCUCUCCGGGCCAAGCUUUGCGCCGUGGGCCUCCACACAACCGAGAAGCUUUGGCCCAAUUCGUGCACUUGAAUGUGCGGUAGUGUGCAGACGGCUGAGUGUCGACAGAAUUGAUACAUCAUAA